GAAGGCUAUCUACACCACAAUGAAUUAUCAUUUUCUUAUCUAGUUAGAUGUUAAGAUAACACAUCUCACCUUGGCAGGGAACAUGGAGAGAGACAAGUUUACACUAACAUGUGAUCGUGGUUGUAAGAUGGGGGCCUUCACUACAACCCAACUCGAGGGCCAUGGCUGGUGUGUUCUUCACACUAACAAAGAUGCUGACGGAUUCUAUGAGAUUGCAAUUCGCUUUCAUAGCGAGUAUAUCUUACGACCACUCUUGAAAAAAAUAGUGAGAGGAGAAACUCUUUGUUUUUAUGAAGAAUUUAAUGAUACGCUAUAUGGAUGGUUGCACAAUAACAGUAACAGGAUCAUAACUCAUUCAGGUCAUCCUUCUAAAGAAUUUUUACAAAUUGCAAGGGACAUUUUGAGAGGGGUUAUUUUGGUCCGAGAUAAAGGCAUACAUCUUGGAAAUUUAAAGAGAAAAAAUGUGGUUAUAAAAGAGGGAAGGGCAAAAUUGAUCUGUAUUUCUAAUGAUCAUCAUAUCAGUGGCCUCAUUGCUUUCUCAAACUUUAUGAGAGGCAUUUUAGUGGAAAAAAAAGGGUACAAUUCCAAACUAGGGAUUUUGAUGAUUUCCUUAGCUUAUUGAAGGGGUCCUAUUUUUCUAGGUAACAAAAAUUUGUUUUAACUUGUUUAUUUUAUAUUUUAAUUUAUUAAUUUGAUAUUCUCUCUUUUUAACUUAAAUUUUCUAUUAUAUGCAGACGAAGGAUGCUCAGCUUACCUCUACACCCCAUAUUUUGGGGCCUUUCGGAAAGCUUUUUUAUCGGUUGGUUGCCCAUGAUAUUCUCGAUUUUGAGGGUGUGACUAGUGAAAUUAUCUUGGCAAAGAUGCAUAGGUGGACUGAUCGGCGGGAUUGGACUCAAUAUGUGCCCAAUGAAGGUCGAUUUGUUGAUAUAUUGCGAAAAACUAAAACUGUAUCCGACGAUGUACAGACAUUUCUAAGA